GUCUUCGACGUCGUUGUAAAAGAUCGUUACAGAUUGACAAACGUAUCGUUGUAUUUUGUGAGCAAGAUUUUACAGAUUUACAGAUUUCUACUGAAUUUUACAGAUAAUUGAAAUAAAGAUGGUUGACUUCAACUAUAACAAUUUUACCCACGAGGGUUUAGAAUCAGAGAAGAAAAAGCUAAUUGUCCAGCUUAAGGAGGAUUCCAUUUCUAAUGAUGGAAUGGAAUUUUGGGCUAAGGCGGAGACAAUCCAAGAACAAUAUGAAGAUCCAUAUAGGAGAUUAGAAUAUACUUCUAGGAGGUUGUUCACUCAAUUUAAAAAAGAGGCACAGACAGAGUCUGAGUUGAAAUUUUGGACACAACUUGAAGAAAUGAGAGGCGCAUAUAAAUAUGCCGAUGAUGAAGGCUUCAUAUUUGAAGAUUUAGAUGAAGAAACAGAGGACGAAGUCGAUAACGUUCAAACUGAACCCGAUGCUCAACAAGAAUCAGGCAAUGGGCAAGAUGGAGCCGGAAACCAUCAAGACAAUUUCAAGAAACAUGAUGAUGAACAGAAAAAACAAGCAGAGACAGCAGCUAUAAAGGAGGAUAGCUCACAGACAGAAAUUGGGCCUUCUUCUCUAUCUCACAUCCACCAAAAGGAAGAUUCUACAUGGAUAGAUAAUUUCCGACAGAACGACAUUGAAUUAAAUAUUCCCGAUAAAAAUGAGCGAAAAGUUAUGGAAAAGGGGGAAAAGAAGAAGGAUAAAAGAACAAACAAAUUAAUAAUAGCUGAUAAGAAAAGAAGGCAGAAGGAAAAUAACCAAUCUAAACAAUUGAAAACAAAAGAUGGACGUAAAAAGGCAAAGAAAUCAACCUUCAGUGAUUUCAUGAGAACUCUGACGUCAUGUUUCCGGAAACCAAAAGUAGAAGAAGAAUAG